AUGUACUCCCAACAGGGAAUUGAACGCCAGCGCACAGUCCGCUUCUCCGUCCACACCCCCGAAACCCAAACCCCCGAAAAGCAAGCUUCUGCAGUUUUUCGCUCGGCUGUACGUACACCUCAGGGUGUACAGACAGCUCCGGGUGUACAGACAGCUCCGGGUGUACAUGCAGCUCCAGCUGUACACGCAGCUCCAGCUGUACAUACGGCUCCGGGUGUACAGGGAGCUCCGGGUGUACAGGGAGCUCCGGGUGUACAGGGAGCUCCCGGUAUACACGCAGCUCCUGCUGCUUCUGCUGUGCUGCGCUCCCAAGCGCCUGCUGCGCUGCACAGGUCCUCCGAUGACCUUCCGCAGCAAGAAGGCCUUGCUGCUGCAGCAGCAGCAGCAGCAGCAAGACAGGGCAGGGCGCAGCUGCCCACACUCAGCGGGCCCUUGAGAAGGCCCGCGAGCGCUUCUGUGGGCUCUUCCUCGGGCAUGGCAGCAGCAGCUCCUGCUGCAGCAGCAGCAGCAGCAGGAAGCCCACAGAGGGGCUUUUCGAACGGCAGCAGCCACAGCGCCCGCCAGCAGCAGCAGCAGCAGCAGCAGCAGCAGGGCCGCGGGCGGCGGGUGCUGGAGAUCGAAGGCACUCCUUCUUCCUUUUGCCGCUUGACAGAAAACCCUUUUCGAAGCAGCAGCAAACAAAUGAAGAAAAUUGCAAAUGUUAUUUUUAUUCCUCCGAAGUUAAAAAGAAGUGACAGUUGUCCUUUAUUUGCUGCUCGCUCGCGGCAGCAGCACAAGUCCAACAUGUCUCUUUAUGCUGCUGUUGCUGCCGACGCAGCAGCAGCAGCACCGCCUGCAGCAGCAGCAGCAGCGCCGCCGCAGGCCCUGCAGCGCAGGUGGAGCCCCACGAAGCAGCAGCAGCAGCAGCAGCAGCAGCAGCUGCAGCAGCCGAGGGGCUUUUGCUGCUUCGCGCCCAGAGGCAGCUGCCUAGAAGGCGCCGUCAGCAGCAGCAGCAGCAACGCAGCAGCAGCAGCAGCAGCAGCAGGAGUGCCUCCUGACUAUUUUGAAUUGAAAGAUGAAGUCCUUUGGCUGAGAGAGCAAAAUGCAACUCUCCAAAAAGAGAAAAAAGAAUUGCUGGCACGCAAACCCUAA